AUUUUCCAGAUAAGCUUUUUCUUAGACCAAGAAGGGUUUAUUGAUUGUAAUGUUGAAGUUAAUCAAGAUAAGCAAUGCAUGGACAAAGCCAUCACGUGGGGUUUUAUUCUUUUCAAAAUGCAGUGAGAAUCCUGACACCUCUGUAAUUUCAUGUAGUGCAUCUCCUGAGGAGCUUAGUUUGGCCCUGAAAGGCAAGAGUCUGAGAGACCUGGCAUUUGUGCUGCGUGACACUCACAGGAAACUCAAGAUGGAGUGGCUGCAAGAUAAAGCGUUUGAUGAGAUUUGGUCACGUCACACCAGCGACACUUCGCUGCUCACUGACUAUGCUGCAGCCAUGCUCGCGAUACGACGACACUGGGAACUAAACAAAGAAAGUUCUCCAGAGCGUCGUAACAUUUGGUUAUGGAGAAUUCUAAAUAAAUAUUUUAUGGAAGGGGAAAACGUAAAGGCGCUCGAGGACGAAGUGCGUUUAGCAACGCGGCAUAUGAGCGAUAUGACGACGUCGCAAGAGGAGCUCGAGGAGCUCACGCAGCGCAUCAAGACCACCCUGCGUCCGAUCAUCAAGAGUCAAUUAAACUCCCAAGACUCGUCGUGCUCGAGCGAAAUGCUCGCCAAAAUGAUCAAUUCCGAGCUGCAAUUUAUCAAAGAGGAUUUAGACGUGGAUACCAGUAGAGGAAACAGCUUUUUUAACGCUAUUGGGGGCACGGGAAAUUUUUGGAGUCGACGUUUCUCUGAAACUGACAGAGUACGUGUGCUGGACGUGGGCAGCUGCUACAACCCCCUAGGCCGGCAUCCAAAGCUAUUGGUGACACCCAUCGACCUCAUGCCCGCCACCAAAGACGUCUACAAGUGCGACUUCUUGCAAUUGGAAGUUGCUGAUCCCAGCGACUGUGACAUUCCUCCUGAACUAGCCUCGUCUGAGGACCCUAGUUCCGACUGCGACAGCACGCCGACGAUCGAGCGUCUGCCCUGCGAGAGUUUCGACGCUGUAGUGUUCUCUCUGAUGCUUGAUUACAUCCCUUGUCCCGAAGCGCGGCUCGAGUGCUGUCGGAAGGCCAGUGAACUUCUAAAACCUGGCGGUUUAUUGCUGAUUGUGACGCCAUCUUGCUCUGCCGGCAUGCUAAACCCUCUUCUUUUCAAAUAUUUCCACUGGCAUCUCGCCAAACUGGGAUUGAAGAAACAUGUUAGCAAAAAAACCUCCGGCUUUAGGACAUUUUCUUACCGAAAAGCAUUUUAUCCAUUUGUUGCAGAAGCAGGUGCAGACAAAAUACAAGAAGAUGCUGCUGAGUAUCGAGACAUAUUAAAAAGAUUGAACUACACCAACAAUAUUGAUAAAGUAGAUUUGACUAAAGGUUUGUAUUUCUACCGAGAUAUUGAGCCUCAUUGGGAGUAAUGAAAUGUCCGUACCAUCGAAAUUUAAACCAUCUAUAUUUAUCCAAAUUCUCAACAUAACCGGAGUUUGUCAGACACUUGAAAAUUGAUGUUCACUUAACAUCUUUGCACUUCCUGGAAUAACAAGCAACGUAUAAUGCAAAGAUUCGUAGAUCUGUUAAUUAUUUUCUUUAUUUAACUAUGCAGUUUAGUGCCACGUCUGAAAUUAAUUGCAAUAUCGAUAACUUUAAUUCUAGGACUUGUUUUGGAGAAAUAACUCAUCGCGAUGUCUUACCACGUCACAUCUCUCAUGAGUCUUGACUUUUGACUAUAUUGGCUUAUUAGCGAUACAAAAUCGUUUGUCUUCUAGUUUAAAACUGGAACUAAGUCUUUUUGAUGCUUUUACAUUGAAUAGACCAUCUCUGUUGUCGUUUUAUGUGAAUUAAAUAGCACGAGCCCUGGUUUAUACAAGUGUCAAACGAUCUAUUUCUAAUUAAAUAUGCCACAUUAA